AUGAUACCAGUAAAUGAAUCCAAACCAAAUGAAUUCACUGUUCAAGGUUUUUCAGACUUACCACAUCUUCAGUUUCCUCUUUUUAUCGCAUUUAUAUCAGUGUAUCUAAUUAUUGUCUUCAGUAAUCUUAUCGUUCUAAUGUCUAUAAUUGUGUACUCUCAUUUACACACACCCAUGUACAUCUUCUUGUGUAACCUAUCAGCCAUUGAUAUCUCUUACACUUCGACCAUUCUACCUAAACUGUUGGCUAUGCUCCUCUCUCAGUGUAAGUCCAUAUCCUUUCUAGAGUGCUUUAUCCAGCUGUAUUUUUUCAUAGCCUUUGCUUGCACAGAAGUCUUACUAAUGGCUGCCAUGGCUUAUGAUCGCUAUGUAGCAAUCUGUCACCCUCUUCAUUACUCAAUACUUAUGAAACCAAAGCAAUGUGCUCGAAUAGUACUUGCAGUGUGGGCCAUGGGUUUUCUCAAUCCUGUUGUACAUACUAUUUUAACUGCUAACUUAUCAUACUGUCAUUCUCGUCACAUUGAGCACAUUUUCUGCGAUUUAGCCCCAUUGCUUAAACUUACCUGUAGUGAUACAUUUACUAUUGAGUUAUGGAACUACAUUGAUGGGACACUCAUAAGUAUUAGUGCAUUUAUACUUACAUUGAUAUCUUAUGUGUUUAUUAUCUCAACUAUCCUAAAUAUACAAUCAGCAAGUGGUCGACGUAAAACCUUUUCUACCUGCGCCUCUCAAAUGACCUGCGUUAUCCUGUUUUAUGGAACACUGAUCUGUUUGUAUAUGAGACCAACAUCUAUGUAUUCUCCAGAACAUGACAAGUUUUUGGCCCUUUUAUAUGUUGUACUUAUUCCAAUGCUGAAUCCUUUCAUUUACACCCUGAAGAAUGAGGACUUUAAAAAUGUUUUUAAAAAGAUUAAUACAACAUUGUUUUGUUUUGAGCGAUAUAUUAAAGGAGACCAAUAA